CGCCUUCUCCCCUUCCCGUGUGCCUGCGGUGUCCUUUCCCCCCUUGGACAAGCCCGCUCAUCCUAUCCUUCUCGAUUGUUGCUCAGAGCAGGCCCCCCCCCGUUCACCCUCCCCCCCCCUGCAGACAUGAAUUUCGGCAACCGAGCGGCCGUGGUUCCCAACCUGCCGCCGGUGGCUGCCCUGCCAUCUUCACAGGGGGUGGACCGGCUGCUGGCAUCGGUUCGACGCCUCGAGCGUGAUAUUGGCGAUAUCGCUGCCUGGUCGGUGUUCCUCAGCGAGGUGACCCCGGAAAAGAUCGCCGCCGCCGGGACUCUACGCAUGAAUGUUGCCCAACUUUGUCGCCGGUCGACCGAUCUCUUCCCCUCCGUGGAUCGCGCCUGGCUCGCUCACCACGACGGCCUGGCUUUCCUGUCUCUGGGCGAGGCCGAAGUCCGGGCCCAGUCGGAAGAUCUCUUCGAGAAAGCCACCAAAGCCUGCCUGUCGGUGGAGGUUUGGCAGCGGUACAUCCAGUUUCUGAAAUCCACCCGGUCGGCGGAUGCCCUGCGCGACGCCCUGACAACCGCCUUCUCCGAAGCCCUCAACCAGGUGGGCCUGGACAUCGGCGCAGCUCCCUUGUGGGAGAGCUACCUCCGGUUUAUCGAAGAGCGUCAGGUCACCUUCGACAGCGAGCUGAUCAAGCGAAAUGAUCUCCUCCGGCAGGUGUACCAGCGCGCCAUCGUCCUGCCCAACAAUGCCAUCGAGGAGCUCCAUGCCAAAUACCGCCUGUUUGAGAUUAAUCUCGACCGGAAGAUCGGUGAGGGUGAGCUCCGGCGCCUGUCCGGCCCGUACAUGACCGCACGCACGGAGCUCGUCCAUCGGAACAAGCUUUUUGCCGAGGUGAACCGGGAUUAUCUGCCGGUGGAAAAGGUUGACCCCGGGCAGCUGGACGCCUGGCGAGCCAUCAUCAACUGGGAAAAGACCAAUCCCCUGGGACUGAAGGACAUCACGCAGGUUCACCAGCGGGUGAAGUUCGCCAUCCGCCAGCAGCUCGCCGCCCUGGGCAAAUACUCCCCCGAGGCUUGGGACGAGGCGGCUCGGUAUCUGGACAGCGUCGGCCUCCGGGACGAGGCCCGUCUCAUGUACGAGGAGGCAUGUCGCAGUCUGCCCGAGUGCCUGGUUCUGCACUUUUCGCAUGCGGAAUUCUUCGAGUCCCGCGGCGAUCUCCCGGCCGCACGGGCGGUCUUCGAGCGCCUUGUCACCUCACUGCAGGACCUGGCUCGAGGCCAUGCAGCGACGGCGGCGGCGGCGGCGGCAGCGGCGGCGGCGGCGGCGACAGCCGCGGCGGAGGCCACGGCCGUCCCUGCUCCUGGCGACGGGCCGAAGAGUUCCACUUCGCCGGACUCGCCCAGCCCCGAGGACAAUGGCUCGGCUCCCGGGGCCUCGGGCGGUGGGGGCUCCUCCGCCAUCGGCCCGGAUCCCGCCUCCUCCUUCCAUCUGGAGCAGCUGGCCGCCAAAUUGUCCCUGGCGUAUGUGGUUUUCAUUCGCUUUGCACGGCGGGCCUUCGGCCCGGGCGAGGCGCGCAUUGUCUUCCGCCAAGCGCGUGCCGCGCGUGCCGGCCCCCAUGUGUACAUCAUCUCGGCCCUGAAUGAGCACUACCUGUCCAAUGACGCGGAGGUCGCUUACCGGGUGUUCAAUGCGGGCCUGAAGGCCUUGCUGCCGACAGGCGCCGGGUCGGGUGCGGCCGCGGCCGCGGCCGGAACCCCGGCCGGCUCGCUGACCGACGUGGCCCUGGCCAAUGCGGCCUUGUACUUGCACGAAUUCAUCGACCACAUGACCCACCUCCAGGACACGGCCAACACGCGGGCCUUCUUCGAGCAGCUCGUCCAGGAGGGUGGCCCGAUCGGGAUCGGAGGCGCUGGGGCUGGUCCCGGUGGCGGGGCCCUGCCGGCCGGAGUGCUUUCCCUGCGCGAGGCCGUCUGGCGGCGUUUCCAUGCAUAUGAGUGUCACUUCGGCGACCUUAGCGCCAUCGAGAAGCUCGAAGCCCGGAUGGCCGCCGAGGGGGUCGACCUUCCUCGAGGCCUGGCGGCCGUGGCUCUGCGGAAUACCUUCCUGGAUUUGCACCCUGUGCAUGUGCGCCAGGCGCCGGCCGAUGCCAUGCUCGGUGUGCUGCUGCAUGGCGGGUCCAUCGAUGGCAGUGGCCAUUCGCCGCAGCUCGGCGCCGGCGGGCCUGGCAUCGGUGGCGUCGACCGGGCCACGCAUCUUGGCGCCGACAACCUGAACCCCUCCUCGCGGGCGGUCCUCCAGGCGCUUGAGCGCCAGCGCGCCUCGGCCACCUGCUUCCACUCGUCCCUGUCCCUGGGGUCGCUGGCGGCCACGGCGCUGGCCACCGGGCCGGGAUCUGGCACCGGUGGACCGGCCGCCGGCGCCGGGGCCGGGAUCAAUCUCCUCUCGCAAGACCUGUCGCAAGCGGCCAUGAGUGAAUUGGGACGGCCCAACACCGACCUCUACAUUCGGUCCAUCAGCGAAGCCCCCUCGCGAGCCACGCGCCAGGAUCCCUUCUUCCCUCCGCUCUUCCCCGCUCUGCCGGAGCGUGCCCAACUGCUGGACUACUUCCUGAAGGUCCUCCCCACGGCUGAGGAAUAUCGCGGUCCGACGCUGGACCCGCAGCGCAUCUUCGACAUUCUGGCCGGCGUGCAGGUCACCUCGUCGGGUGGCGCGUCGCCCAGCUCCCCGCAGCACCCGGAUCCCGGGAAACUGGGCUUCCAGUCAUUUGUGGGCGGCCCCGGCGCUCGCGGGGCCCCUGGCAGUGGGCCAGGCGUGCGCGUGGCCGGGCCGCAUCUGGUUGGCGGCUUCGCCGAGGGGUCGGUCCUGGAUGCGGUCAAGUCGCUGCCCGGGGCGGUUGGACCCGAUUACGCCGGGCUCUCGCUGCGCACGGCCCUGAAGACGGCCGCGGCUCAAAUCCAAGCGACGGGCCGUGUACCGCCGGCGUCCGCCAUGACGACGACCACGGCAAAGCGCGAGCGGCCGGCCGACGGCGGCAGCAGCAGCAGCAGCAGCACUGGUGUCGAGGGCGCGGCCGGCUCCUCGUCGGGGGCGGCCACGACGGAGCCGAGUGCCAAGCGGGCGCACGUUGAUGUCGCGUGA